AUGUCAACAUUCGGACACAGGCCAGGACCAGGUUCCUCCCAUGGCGACACCGGCACCACACAGGACGUGCAAUCACGCCCCGCACAUGCACACAACCCGAUACCAGCUGGAAAACAGCACGUUGACGCCUCCCGACACCAGCAGCUGCCCCUGACAGACGACCUGAUGCCCCGGCUCAUCGACAGGAAGAACGGACAGAAGGUCAAGCCGACGUUCUCAGUGGAAGAACUCCAGAGAAGACUGGACAAGCUGCGCGCUCUCAUGCUCAGCAGUAAUAUAGACGCAGUCCUCUUCACCUCCUACCAUAACAUCAACUACUACUGCGACUUUCUGUACUGCGCCUUCGGUAGACCUUACGGGCUGGUCAUCACCAUGGACAAGGUGCUCGUCAUAGCCUCAGCCAUCGACGGUGGCCAACCCUGGAGAAGGACGCAGAUUGGCGAGAACAUCCUUUAUACCGACUGGCAGCGGGACAACUUCUACCACGCAGUCCAAGCGGAGCUAGCCGGGCGAGGCCUCAUGACGCUCGGCGUGGAGUUCGACGACAUGACGCUAGAUGGCUUCACCAAGCUGAACCUCGCCGUGCCCGACAUGCAGAAAGUAAACAUAGGGAAGCCUGCCAUGCGCCUGCGCAUGAAGAAAUCGGACGAGGAGAUCGCACUCAUCAGAGACGGCGCGCGUAUUGCCGACCAGGGCGGCUGGGCUUGUGUGGAGGCGCUAGAAGAAGGCGUGCCUGAGUACGAGCUGGCGAUGCACGCCUCCAACACCAUGAUACGGGAAGUGGCCAGGAGCUACCCGCAUGGCGAACUCAUGAACACUUGGGCCUCGAUCCUGUCAGGGAUCAACACUGACGGGGGACACAACCCUGUGACGUCACGGCGCGUGCGCAGUGGAGACAUCCUGUCACUCAACACCUUCCCCAUGAUUGCUGGGUACUACACAGCCUUGGAGAGGACCUUGUUCUUGAACCACGCCUCCGACGCACAUCUCGCACUCUGGGAGAUCAACUGUCAAGUACACCGGCUGGGCCUGGAGCUGAUCCGGCCGGGAGCACGCUGCUGUGACAUCGCCACUGAGCUGAACGAGAUGUACCGGGAACACGGGCUGCUGCAGUACCGCAGCUUCGGCUACGGGCACUCCUUCGGCUCUCUCUGUCACUACUACGGCAGGGAAGCAGAAUUGGAACUGCGUGAAGACAUCCCGACCGUUCUAGAGCCCGGGAUGGUUGUCUCCAUGGAGCCGAUGAUCAUGAUACCCGAGGGCAUGCCGGGAGCGGGCGGUUACCGUGAGCACGACAUCCUGGUUGUGACGGAGGACGGGGCGGAGGACAUUACAGGCUUCCCAUUCGGUCCUGAACACAACAUAAUCAAAAAGACAUAA